AUGAAAAUCUUAUGUGUUGCCGAAAAACCAUCAAUAUCGAAAUCAGUUGCAGAAAUAUUGUCAAAUAGAGGAUUUAGAACGCGUCAGUCUGGAAAUCGAUUUAUAAAAAAUUAUGACUUUAGUUGUAUCUUUAAUGAUGAUCAAAUGGUAGAAGUUACAAUGACAGCUGUAUCAGGACAUUUGAUGAAAUAUGAUUUUGCACCAGAAUAUAGAAAAUGGGAUUCUUGUGCCCCAUUAGUAUUAUUUCAAGCACCUAUAAUAAAAUUUGUUGGGGAGGAAAAUAGACAAAUUAAAGAUAAUUUAUAUCAUGAGGCACAAAGAGCUGAUCAACUUAUGAUAUGGACAGAUUGUGAUCGAGAAGGUGAAAAUAUAGGAUCAGAAAUUGCAUCUAUAUGUGAACAAGCAAAACGUGGAAUUAGAAUAACAAGAGCCAGAUUUUCCGCUAUUAUUCCCGAUCAAAUUUUUAGAGCAUGGAGAAGAUCUGUUGGCUUAGAUAUGAAUCAAUCUGAUGCAGUAGAUGCAAGGAUAGAACUUGAUUUAAGAAUUGGGGCAGCUUUUACUAGAUAUCAAACAUUAAGUAUCCAACAUUUAUUUCCAGAACUUCAAAAGCAAGUUAUAAGUUAUGGGUCAUGUCAAUUUCCAACAUUAGGAUUUGUGGUGGAUCAACAUCAUAAAGUUGGAAAUUUUAUUCCAGAAGAAUUUUGGAAAAUACAAGUGGCUUUGGAAAAAGAAGAAAUCUUGGUAGAAUUUCACUGGGAAAGGAAUCAUUUAUUUGAUAAAGAGAUAUGUUUCGUAAUUUAUGAACAAUGUGCAUUAAAUCCUAUGGCAACAGUUGUUGAAGUUAUUUCUAAAGAAACAAAGAAAUGGAAACCAUAUCCAUUAACUACUAUUGAACUUCAAAAGGUUGCUACAAGAGCUUUAAGAAUGUCGUCAGAUAGAAUAAUGGCAGUUGCAGAAGAUUUGUAUAAUAAAGGCUAUAUAAGUUAUCCUAGAACCGAAACCAAUCAAUUUGAUAAUAACUUUGAUUUAAGGCAUUUGAUUGAGAAACAAGUAGAUUCAAAUGACUGGGGAGAUUUUGCAAGAGGCCUUUUGGAAGAUAAAUUUAAACCACCUAGAAGAGGUAAUCAAAAUGAUAAAGCACAUCCCCCAAUUCAUCCAACAGCCUAUGUAUCAAAUUUAACACGAGAACAGAAACAAGUGUACGAUUUUAUAGUUAGAAGAUUUCUGGCUUGUUGUUCGGAUGAUGCUAUUGGGCAUGAGACAGCAGUGAAAAUUCAAGUACACGAGGAAAAGUUUGCUGCAAAAGGAUUGGUGAUAUUAGAAACGAAUUAUUUGGAUGUUUAUCCAUUUGAUCAAUGGACUGGGACAUUUUUACCAGAUUUUCAACAAGGAGAACAAAUUAUUCCAACAAGUUGUGAAAUGAAAGAUGGACAAACCACCAGUCCAGAAUAUUUGACAGAAACAGAAUUAAUUAGCAUAAUGGAUCAAAAUGGAAUCGGAACUGAUGCAACUAUACAUGAGCAUAUUGCUAAAAUAUUAGAGCGAAAUUAUAUUACAAAAGAAAAUAGAGGUAAUAAAACAUAUAUAAUUCCACAACCUUUAGGUAUAGCAUUAGUAGAAGGAUAUGAUUCUAUUGGUUUCGAGAUGUCACUUUCAAAACCAUAUUUAAGACGACAAGAAAAUGUUGUUACAGAAAGUCUGGUAAUGUAUAAAGAAAUGUUCGUUAAAUCAAACCAAGAACAACAAAAACUUAUAAGGAGUGUUCAAACGCAUUUGAGGGAUAAUGUUAAUAGGAAUGUUGCUACCAAUGCUAUUACAACCACGAAUAGAGCUACCAAUGCUGUUACAACUACGAAUAGAAGAAGUGGUGGAAGAGGAUCAAGAGGGGGGAGAAGAAAUGGAAGGGGUGGAAGAGGUAGGGCAGGGUAA